GUUUGCUACGAAAUAAACAAUAUGACGUUGGUUUUUUUAUAACUGACACUGACUAAAUUUUACCUAAACCUGGGAACUCCCCGUUGACUGCUCACUGAGAGCAGCCAUCAAGUCUGCAAGCAAGCCAAUGGCACGAAAUGUGCUAGAGAGUAGCCUCCUCGGAGCUGGCUUCAGCAUUAUCUUUCAGAUCUUGUGCCGCAUUCUGACCUUCGGCAUCAAUGCGUACAUUGUACGGCAUGUGGGACGCGAAGUCCUGGGCAUUAUGAAUGUUCGGCUUCUGCUCCUCGAGAGUACAUUGCUCUUUUUGUCCCGCGAGGCUAUCAACCGGGCGGCAUUGAGUGCCAAUGCUCAGCAACGUGACAAAUGCCCAUGGGGCCAGCUUAUCAAUCAAAUGUGGUUAACAGUACCCAUUUGCCUAGUGCUGUGUGCACCCUGCUUGUACAUUUGGCUCAACUGGCUAUCGGCGGUGGAUGAGCCCUUCACCCAACAAUAUGAAUUCGGCUGUUAUGCAGUGGCAUUGUCGUGCGUCCUAGAAUUGUUGGCGGAAUCAUCAGUAUUUGUGGCGCAAGUGUUUUGCUUUGUCAAACUGAAAAUCGUAUUGAAUACCCUGCAUAUUUUGGUGCGAUCGGCAAUCUUUCUAUGGAUCGUAAUGGGCAAUCGUCAGGCAGCUAUCUAUGCUUUUGCCAUUGCGCAAUUGGCCAGUGCUGUGACCAUCGUCCUGGGACAAUAUGGUUUCUUUUACUUCUAUAUCAAGCGUUUCAAAAUAUUUAGAGAGAAGAGCAUUAGCCAGCAGAAGAAGAGUACCAGCAGCAGCGGCAGCAAAACGUUAAUCUCUUCUUGGGAAUUGUCUUUGUUUAAGCACAUGGAUGAUUUCCCCUUUGCCAAACUAACAGACUUCCUGCCCGGCUUUUUGACCCAGAGUCAUGAAAAGUACCUAAAUCGCGAACUUCAGACGCUAACAUUGAGUUUUGUCAAACAGGGCAUACUGAAACAGAUUCUCACCGAGGGCGAGAAAUAUGUCAUGUCCGUUUCGCCGGUAUUGAGCUUUGGCGAGCAGGCUACAUACGAUGUGGUCAAUAAUUUGGGAAGCCUUGCCGCACGAUUCAUCUUCCGUCCCAUCGAGGAUAGCUCGUAUUUUUAUUUUACUCAGACUGUAUCGCGAGACACGCGUCUAGCCAAACAGCCGGUGGAACGUGUCCGGCAGGCUAGCAAUGUGCUGAAUAAUCUUCUUCUGGGAGUCAGCUCAAUUGGUCUGCUGGCCUUUACUUUUGGUCAAAGCUAUUCGCAUACCGUACUCUUGCUUUAUGGAGGCGAGGAUUUCGUUUCUGGCGGUCUGCCACAGAGCCUAUUGCAGUGGCACUGCUUGGCCAUUUAUUUGCUGGCCAUUAAUGGCAUCAGCGAGGGAUAUAUGUUCGCAACAAAUACAAGUCGGGACAUUGAUAAAUAUAAUUAUCUUAUGGCCAUAUUCUCGAUUAGUUUUCUCGUCCUCUCCUACAUUUUGACGGGCAUUUUCGGUCCAGUUGGCUUCAUCUUUGCCAAUUGCAUCAAUAUGGCUAGUCGGAUUUUAUAUAGCACACAUUAUAUACGUCAGCAAUAUCAGCCCUUGGGAUUGAAUCCGCUUCAAGGCCUCUGGCCGGGCAAGCUAUUUGGUGGCGCUCUCAUUUGUGCGGGCGCAGUCUGCUAUUGGUAUCAAUCCUCUAGUCUGGGCCUACAUCUAGGCAUUGGCCUGGUUGCUGGCCUAAUUUGUUUGCUCUUUUGGGCCUUUGCUCAUUGGGACUUGGUGCGCCUUGCUUGGAUUUAUGGACGUCGCAUUAAGAUUGAGUAAGACAAGCGCAAAAAAAAAAAACCAAAAGAAUUAUAGUAAUAUUAAUUGUUAAAGAAAAAAAGAUUCCUACUAUAUUUGUAUACCCUUGCAAAAGAAGCUUAUAUAUUUAUUAUCACCCAAAGUUUAUAUUCAUACUUUUUACAUAUUUAAAUCUAUAUGUACUUAUUGUGUCCGUCUGUCUGAACUAUUUGCUUUAGUGCCGAAAUUUUGCACCAUUUGGAUUGUUACAGGAACGAUCAGUUCAACAAAUAAUUGACAGAAUGUUAGUCAAUACUAGUUAAUGUGUCCAUGCAAAAAACACGAAUGUUGCAAGGAUAUAGAAACAUCGGCCAUUGACCGAAGUUUAGCCCAACCCUCUGGUUUUUGUUUGGUGUUUAAGCUUCCCUCCAUGUACACAAUACGCACAAAACAGAAACACUUAAAUGUUAAUAGCAACAAAAAUACAAAGAUAUAUAUUUGUUAAUGUUUAAGAUUUGGCAUUAAAAGACAACGAAAGAAUUAUUAAAAAUGUAAAAA